GCCGCCAUUUUGGUGCUCGGCUGCGGGAGGGGAGGGAGCUCGCCGGAGAAAGCGGGGCCCGGCGCUUUGCCUCCCCCGCCGCGCUCUGUGUGGCGCCGGAGCGAGCUAACUUCGCCGCCUGCCCGGGCCGCCUGGCUUUGUCAGACGCCGCUGCUCUUCGCCGCUCGCCCGGCCGGGCCCGCCGCAGGCCUGAAAGAGAGGCGGGAAGGAUGCCCUGCACACCCCGCCGCUGAGGGAGACUCGGGGCCCUGACCGCCGCGGCCGGCCACCCCCAGCCCAGACGCUCCUCGGUCCUUCGCCUCCGGCGGCACCGACCUCCCUUUUCCCUUCUCCCCUUUCCCUGGGUUUCCUAUCUCCUGGGCUGGGCACUAGCCGCUUCCUCCUAGCCCCCGGCCCGCUCCGCCUCCGAGGCCUCCUUGUCCAGGCCUUCCCUUCUCCGGGUCUCUUACUCCGCCUGGGCCUUCGGGCUCUUCACCUUCCUUCCCCCCUUCCCUGCCCGCAGCCAUGUCGUCUGCCGCUCGUUUCGAUUCGUCGGACCGCUCCAGCUGGUACGUGGGCCCAGUGUCUCGGGCGGAGGCGCAGACGCGGUUGCAGGGGCAGCGGCAUGGCAUGUUCCUGGUGCGGGACUCGUCUACCUGCCCGGGGGACUACGUGCUCUCGGUGUCCGAGAACUCCCGGGUUUCCCACUACAUCAUUAAUUCCUUGCCUAACCGCCGCUUUAAGAUCGGCGACCAGGAGUUCGAGCAUCUGCCUGCGCUGUUGGAGUUCUACAAGAUCCACUACCUGGACACCACCACCCUCAUCGAGCCUGCGCCCAGGUAUCCAAGUCCACCAAUGGGAUCUGGAUCUGCCCCUGCCAUGUCCGCCACAGAAGAAAACAUGGAGUAUGUUCGGACUCUCUAUGACUUUCCUGGCAACGAUGCUGAGGAUCUUCCAUUUAAAAAGGGUGAAAUACUGGUGAUUGUAGAGAAGCCAGAGGAACAGUGGUGGAGUGCCAGGAACAAGGAUGGUCGGAUUGGGAUGAUUCCCGUUCCUUAUGUAGAAAAGCUAGUCAGAUCCCAUGGGAAGCAUGGAAACAGAAAUUCCAACAGUUACGGUAUUCCAGAACCUGCUCAUGCUUAUGCUCAGCCUCAAACUGCAAGCCCUCUUCCCUCGGUAUCCAGCACACCUGGAGCGGUGAUCAGUCCUCUGCCUUCAGCACAGAAUGGACCAGUCUAUGCCAAAGCUAUCCAAAAGAGAGUACCCUGUGCUUAUGACAAGACUGCGCUGGCGUUAGAGGUUGGAGAUGUCGUGAAGGUGACAAGGAUGAACAUCAAUGGUCAGUGGGAAGGAGAAGUCAACGGUCGAAAAGGGCUCUUCCCAUUCACGCAUGUCAAAAUCUUUGACCCUCAAAACCCCGAUGAGAACGAAUGACUCCCUCUGCCGAUGCACACUGCUGCUUCCUUUUCCUGGCUACCAUUAGCGUUGUUUGAGGUGCGGUGAUGACUUAACGGCACAGUGCUAGCAUUGCCCAUUUGCCAGCUUGCUGCAGUUUGACGGUUCUUUUAAUAUGCGUUUGGAAUACAUACGACUGAAGUCACUGCCUGACCUUCAUCCCGUAGUCGUGUCGUCCAGGACUUAGUUUCACUGUUAAACUAUUGGUCUGGAGAAGACUGAAACAGUACUUAGCAGAGAAGUAUGGGAAGAGAACCUUUCCUGUUGACACUUCUGUGGACUUUUUCUGGCUUGCUCAGUAGGAAGAGCCCUGAUUUUAGAUCAAACAUGCAACUUGUGCAUCACUGUCCAAGAAAAAGCAACAACAAAAAUGCAAUGUUGGGACUGAAGAAGACUUAGUUUUAAGAGAACCUGUCCUGAGGUAGUACAUUUUAAAUGAUGGUCUCUUUAAAGGACAAUAAUUGAAGGUUGUGUAUUCUAAGCAGUUGUAUUAGAAGCUGCUUUUCUCUGUUAACUCUUAAGCUUGUUGUUGACCUUCCUGAAACAGUGUGUGCUAAAUGCAAAUAGCCAUUGAGCUGUGUUGAAGCUGAGGCAUUUAUUUAUGAGGAAACUUAGGAGGGGUUGAUACUUGUAACCUGUUUUUGACAUACCUAAUGUGUUUCUGUUGAUUUUUGCAAGCACUAACUGUAGAAAGUGAGCUUUAAAGGGAAACUUUGGCUUGGUCUGCAUCCAACUCCUCUGCAGUGCUGAAGUGUAGUUUUGCUAGCAUAGAAGUGCUUGUCACCAGGCUGUUACUUGGUAUGCAGAUUGAGCAGAUUGCUAUGGAGAGGUAAGAAAGGAGCAGAACAGAACUUCAUAAACACCAAUAGAAUCCUCUUAUUUAAAUGUACACAUUUAUAUCCAUUUCUCUAUGGGCUCCCUUCUCUCUGUUUCCUAGCUAUGCCAGCCCCAGCUUGCUAAAAGCUCCUUUUCAAACAGUCUCUUCAUUCUAGAGUGUCUCCAUGUUGCUGUGCUGCUUUUCCAGAACUGUUUUCAUCUUUUUUUCCUUGCUCUUUUUCCUUGCUUGCAUCCCAACUCCUCUGCAUGCUGCCAUCUUUCUUUUUUUUCUUUUUAAACCCAUCCAAAUGAGUUGGCUCUGGCUUAUCUAUGGCCCAGACCCCUUCCCAUCCCAGAAUCCUCUAGAAAAUGGUUAAUUGGAGUCAGCUGCCUGGGUUCCCCCAUGUGAUAAAUUAAUGCUGAGGCUGGAGGAGGCCAUCACAGGUGUCUACUCUCUGUAGAGCUUCUUCCCCUUGUUCCUACAUAAGCUAUAUUGCUGUACUUGUACUUAGAGUGGGGAACUGUAUGGCUGCAGCUAAACAAGUCCAGCUCCUGGCACGCAGGUUGUGGUGAGCCUGCGUGCAGGGUAUGAAGGCUCCCGUACAGCGGGAUCCUGUGCCACUGCCUUCCCAUCAUGUGCUCUGGAGGUGAACUGGAAUGCUCUUUUUACAGUCAUGGAAUGCUGAAUUAACACAAUACCUGUCUGCAAGGACUACGACUGCAAAACCUCCUGCUUCAGACAGCCCACUUAAAAGCAUCAAUUGUAGCAGAACCUCAUCAGGUGUUACAAAUGUCAAAUGCUACAAGCUGUUGUCUUGAGUUGCAGCAUGUUUUCUUGUUGAUCUGUGUUGUGUGAUCCCAAUAAAAGCACGUUGUUCUUAGCUUAUGUGGAAGUGCCAUGAGAUCCUUCAUGGAGGGCACUGAAGAAAUGCGGAGGUGGCAUUUGCAAGGAGUGCUGGGGUUUUUUAAGAGGUCUCUGAUCAUCUAUUAGCUGUUCUCUGUAGUAUUGAUCAAGUGGCUGGCAGUCUAGUUCUUGUAGAGCAUUUUACUACCAAAUUAACUGUGAAGUAGAGUAGCAUUGACUGAAAUGUUUGGUGCUGUAAGAGUAAUUCUCGACAAUAGGCAUUGACAUUUUGUCUUGCAAAGAAAAGCUAUGCAGCUCUUUUAACUAAAGAAGGCCAGGCUUUUUUUUUCCUGUGCCCCAACUAUCCCCUCAAGUUUACCACAUCGAUUGUACUACUGAAAGUCAUCUUCUGAAUACAGAAACUGCACUAAACUCAGUCUGCUGCAGAGAAAUCUUAGUUCAGACCUGACCUAGUUAAAGGCAUAUCUUCAGAAGACUGGUUGUAGAAUUCUUCCUUUGCAUGGUAAAUAAAUACUGUGACAUUUGAAAUCUUGAACAACAGCUUUUAACCUGGAGGGUUUUUUCGCUGAAAUCUGUCUUGACUCCUUCCCUCAUUGAAUAAGGUAUAAACUUUAAGCAUAAGCAUUGGUUUAUGUUCACUUAUGUUCUGAAACCGCAGAAAAGUGAAACAUUUUACCUUGAAAACUAUGCAAACUUUGUGUGCAGUGGCAUCUGAUGAUACAAAGAUAAGAAUUCUGACAUGUCUGUGGACCUGCUUCCAGGCCGUGGAUGAGCAGUGCUCCUUUGAGUGGCAGCGGCGUGGUUCAGGGAUAUUCAGCACCCUGACCAGCCCAGGCUGAUUGUAACCUUGCUGCAAAACGUCUCUGCUAUUUUGCUACAAGACAAGUAUUUUUCUAUAAAGACUGUGUCUGCUCAGUUUGUGUUUCUCUCUGAAGGACUCUGGGUUCCCAGUCUGUUGUUGCUUGCUCGCUGUGUGCUGUCGUUGCUUUCUGCAGCCCCUUCAAGCCGAGUGCCCCCCACUGGUGUAAGUGCUGGGUGUUUGAGGUGUGCUUACCGUGCCGCGCUGGCCCUGCCCACUGCCUUCGGGCUGGGCACCACUAGACCUCUUCUUGCUGUUGACCUAGGAGCUGCUUUCAUUACCUGGUGCCACAGGAGUUAGCUACUGUGACAGGCUUGCUGUUGGACUUCCUCCACUUGUCUACACGUGUACAUAGACGUUGAAGCCUCUGCGCGAUCUGAAAGGGGGAAGGAAAACUGUUCUGAUCAGUGUCCAGCACUGGAUAAGCGCUAAUUUAAUUCUUGAUUGUUUACAAAUUGGGAGAGAGCAAACAAAAGGAAAUGUCCUGCUUGGGUUGGGGCUCUGAGGAGCAUUGUUUUUUUCAAGGGACAAACAGCAUUCUCUGUGCCAUUUCAUGUGCCUGUAAAGCAGGUGUUUUACGUUGGGAAGGAGUGGGGCUGCCUUUGUGUUCUAGUCAACUUUUCAAGCGUUCUCCUCAAUACCUGCAUUUGGAAAGUGAGCCCUGCCUACGGGACUGCCUUUUGGGACCAGUGAAAGCAUCCUUGUACAGCUGCCCUUUUUUGUUUCUUUGUGUCAGACAAAAGUGUUUGGGGACAAAGAUGCAGUGGCUGCAGUGGGAAAGGUGGCCUUGUACUUGAGACAGUCUUCACUGUGUAAACUUUGAACCACGCUCUGUAAUUUAAAGACCAUGAUCUCUUCAGGCAAUAAUAUUAAGUGUAAGCUUUUAAAGUUUAUUUUGGGGAUCAUAGGUUGGUUUAUUUUUUGUGCUACAAGAUUAACAGUAUUAAAUGAAUUAUAUUCUUAGAAUACAUGGAGUGUCUUUUCUUAAGAUUAGUGCCUUUUUGAUUUCUUACUCCACUGAUCCCAUAGAACUGGUCCCAGCGUCAAGCCACUGUUUGGGUUUAUUUUUUCCCCAGUGCCCUGUUUGUACAGUCUAAAUAAAACUUGCCUCGACUUACAGUAUUAUUUUUGUUGUCUUCAGUCUGAAAACUUGGAGGAUAUUGGCAGAGUAUUUAAAUCUUUACUCUGUCGUUGUGCUGCCCUGUUUUGAGGGUGAAGGGGAGUGCCAGCUGCAGGCUUCCAGAAUCAAAAGGAAGAAUUAAUCAGGAGCAAAUGCUGUCGCCAGGCUGAAUGAUGCUCUCCUGUGUCAUCCUUGUGCCUCUUCUUAGACUGCUGUGCUCUGGAGAUUCACCUGAGAAAAGAUGCAUCUCUGGUUCUCCAGGUUCUCACUGGCGCCUCCACCCUCACCCCUGGGUGCUCUCCUCUCACUGUGUCGAAUGCUGCUCUUUUGCCAAGGCUUUUGCAGGUCUCUCUACAAACCGUGACCUUCUCUUACUGUGAUCCCUGUGGCUGCUGCUGCGAGCGACUGCUUUAUGUGGCUGGCUUGAAUUUAGCUCAGUCCUGUUUGAGGAAGGAGCAACCUGCAGAGUGGAAGGGCUGCCUUGGAAGCUGUCAGCAGCAUGAGGAGAGCUCUGCAAAGCUUGCAUUGUGUCCCUGGGCUCUCUAGGUGUGUGCACAGCCUGGUCUUUAUCUUCUCUGGAGUCCAUGUGAUGUUAAUAAACAUUCAUAGCCAACUGCA